AUGGUGGGUAGUACCAGAUUCAGUUUGCGCUCCAGUCUGCUGGCAUUAGGCACUUCAAUGAGGCACGGAAAGAGAGCAAAUAGCUUCAGUGGCGAUAUUGAUCUCAUGGAUGAAGAUUCCCCAUUCUGCUCCUCUUCUGUUCCAGCAAAGAUUGAUCGAACCGACUGUGUCCUGACAAGUGCAGAAUUCACUUCACAAAUACAUGCUCAUUCCUGCACUGUUGAAGAGUUGAUUCCUCGGCAAUCACUCCCCAUUGUGCAAAUGAUGGACAGCAGCAGUAGUAGUGAUGACGAUAAUGAUGCAGAAAUUUCCUCGGACACCGACGAAAAACAAUCCAAAAAUGUGCAACUACCCAAUGACAGAGGCAGUGGCAACACCAACAGAGAGGAGCAUGAUGAUGGCUUGAUUGGUGAAAACAAACAACAAGAUCAAACCAGCAUCCCUUACGGGGACAACCACAACAAUGUCCAAACGACCUGUCAUGAAUCAGAUCUAUCAAGCGGUGGGACCAUUGCCGAAUGCAAUGACGAGGACAAUGCCAUGCAACACGAGCCAAGUAACCGUUGUCAUGUCGAACAAAAUCCUGCUGGUGACACCUUCCGGGAUGAAGACUGCGAGAGCCAACCUGUUUGCACCGAAGGCAUCUCAACUAGGGAAACCUUUGAUAAUGAAGGCAUGCAGGAUGAUGUUCAAACUGCAGUCGUGGAGGAAUCACAACACUAG